GGCGGCGCCGAAAACUCCAAAAAGGCCGCCGGCAACGCCCGCAAAGCCGAAGCCGCGCAGGCAAAACAAGCCGCCAGAGACCGUGCCGCCGAAGCCGCAGAGGCAGAGCAGUGGUCCAAGGGCGCAAAGUCGAAUGCCAAAGCUGAAGCAGCAGCCGCCAAGCAGGCCGAAGCCGCGCGCAAGAAGGCCGAGAAGGAGGCGCUCCUGCGCGCAGAAGAAGAAUCCAUGCCGUCCAAGCCCAAAGGCGCAGGGACGAAACACGCCGUCAAGAAGACCCGGGGCAUCGAUUCUGCCUUUGCCUCUCUCGACGCACCCUCCGCGCUCAACGCCUCCGGCAUCGACAACGCCCUCGACGCCCUCAGCCUCACGGCCAACGCCUCGGACAAGAUUGACAGGCAUCCCGAGAGAAGGUACAAGGCGGCGUAUGCGAAGUACGAGGAGCGGAGGCUGGAGGAGAUGAAGGACGAUAAGAGCUUGAGGCGGGAUCAGAAGAUUCGGAAGAUCCAGGAUGAGUUUAAGAAGCAUCCUGAUAAUCCGUUCAACCAGGCUAGUGCGGCGUAUAAUGCGACGAAGGAGGAGUUGCAGGAGAUCAAGGAGAGAGAGAGGUUGGAGAAGGAGUCGAGGUUGGCGGGG